AUGGCGUCUCCCGUCAUCGGCCAGGGCCAGGACGGCCUCCCCCCCGUUGAUAUCAAGCCAUUGUUGACCAAGCUCUGGCCAGUCGACUCCGAAGUCAGUCCGGGUGAGAUUGCCGAGGCCAUCUCACACUUCUUCACCAACCAGGUCAGCGAGGCCCAGACAGCAUCGCUGCUCAUGGCCCUUCACUUCACCCGAAUGGACUUUCGCCCAGACGUCCUGGCCGAGUGCGCGCACGUCAUGAUGCACGCGGCUGCGCCCAUCCCCGUCAAGGAGCUUGGGCAAGUGCUUGAGCGCCGGGCCCGGAAGGAAGGCAACUACAGAGGCGGACUGUGCGAUAUCGUUGGCACAGGAGGAGACUCGCACAACACCUUCAACAUCAGCACCACCUCGUCCAUCCUUGCGUCCGCCCUUGUCAUGGUCUCCAAGCACGGCAACAAGGCCAGCACGUCCAAGUCGGGCAGCGCCGACAUGAUCAACUGCAUGAAGCCCCAGGCCCCGGUCUUGGGCGCAGUCAAGCCUGACACCCUGACCAAGGUGUAUGCGGCCACCAACUACAGCUUCCUGUUCGCGCCCGUCUUCCACACCGGUAUGCGAUACGUGGCCCCCGUCCGGAAGCAGCUCCCAUGGAGGACAAUCUUCAACAACCUGGGACCGCUGGCCAACCCCGUAGAAACCGUGCUCGAGGCACGAGUCGUCGGCGUCGGCCGGCGAGAUCUCGGCCCCGCCUUUGCCGAGGCGCUCCGAAGUACCGGCUGUCAAAAGGCCCUGAUUGUCUGCGGAGAAGAGGAGCUGGACGAGAUUAGCUGUGCGGGCCCAACACUCUGCUGGAUACUCAAAAGCCAGACUCCCGGGGGCCAGGUGGAGGUUGAGCACUUCAGGCUCGAACCCAAGGACUUUGGCGUUGCAUCUCAUGCGCUCAGCGAAGUGUCGUCGGGCAAGGAACCGGCCGAGAAUGCCGAGAUCCUGAGCCGAAUCUUGUGCGGCCAGCUUGCCGAGGACGACCCUCUCAUGGACUUUGUGCUGAUCAACACGGCGGCGCUUUUGGUCGUGUCCGGCAUUUGCGAAGCCGACAGCAGCAACAUGGGCCACGGGGACGACGGGAAAGUCGUCACGGAGCGCGGCCCUGCCGGCCAGCGGUGGAAGGAGGGGGUGAGGAGGGCCAGGUGGGCCAUCAAGAGCGGCCAGGCCUGGAAACAGUGGCAGGCGUUUGUGAAGGUGACCAACGAGAUUGGAGCCUAG